AUGCAUAGACUUGUGGACUCCUGCCGUUGGGGGGAAGCGGGGUGUCGUGGAGGAGAGACACCCCAGACCGGGCGUCGGGAAAAGCGUUUGACGGCAGCUGCGGCUCAGCCCGCAGGAACCAGCGCCGAGGCUGAGCCCCCACGGUCCCGGGGCAACAGCUUUUCUUCCCGUCCCAAGUCCGGCGGUGGCCCGGCCAUAGCCUCGCUGAUCCGGGCCCAUCGGGGGUCUUCGCCUCAAUGCGGAAACCAGGCCGCCUCCUUCGGGGGAUUUGGGGUGACGACGCCUGGUCGCGGGAUCCUCUUGAAUCCCGGUCUUAGCCCGGACCGGACGCGCAUGAGGCGAAACGCCUGGGCUCGAUCCUGGCUGCAACAGGGAUGGAAGGAGGAUACAGCGACCGGGCGUUUGGACCCUUUGUGGCAGGGUCGCAACACCCCCCUUCGGGUCGGAUGCCGGGAAAGGCGGGCCCUGCUCGGGGUCGAGGCCAAGGAGAGCGGCUGCCUUUCCGGGAGAACUCCCGCCGCCGCCCGGAGGUUGGCCACCCCGGCGGCGGCGGCGGGGCGCGCGCUCUGCACGCGCUCGCCGCCGCAGGAAGGGAAGGAAAGCGAAAGCUGGCGCGGGGGGGGGGCGGCCACGUGUUUUCCGAGAAGAGCCCUUCGGGCCGGGCGGAGCAUGCCGCCGCCGCCGCCGCCGCCGCCGCCCCGGCCCCGCACCCAGCCCCGGGGCCGCCCAGCCCGCUCGGGCCGGCCGCAGCAGCCCAGGCGGACGCACGGACCCUAUUCAUUCCGGCCCGUGGCUCCCACUUCGGAUGAAUUGAUCCCCAGCGGCAGAAAGCGCCUCCUCUUCCUCGUGUUUCUCACCCUCCAAAACAAUGAGAGCUCCGAGCCAGCUGCCCUUCCUUGGCCCCUGACGCGAUGGAAGACCGCCCCGACUGGUCCGCGAUAUAGAAUGGUCGCGCGGAGCAGCGUGCGGCCUGAAAAUGCCCGAGCGAGGGAGCUGCGGCAUCGGCUGGAGCCCCCCGUGCGGGACCCUUCUCGGCCCUGCGUCCCCCGCGGCCUGGCCGGCCCGGACAGCCACUUCCACACCUUCCGCUCCCAGGCGGACUUCAGCAGCAUCAUCCACACCAGCGCCAUGCUGGAGGCGUGCGGCUUCUACUGGGGGCCCUUGUCCGUCAGCGCCGCUCACGAGAAGCUCAGGGGCGAGCCGGUGGGCACCUUUCUCAUCCGGGACAGCCGGCAGAAGAACUGUUUCUUCACCAUCAGCGUUAGGACUGCCUCCGGGCCCACCAGCAUCCGCGUCAUCUUCCAGGCAGGCCGCUUCAGCCUGGAUGGCAGCAAAGAGGAUUUCGGCUGUCUCUUCAAGCUGCUUGAACAUUAUGUCAGCUCUGCACGGAAGGUCCUGGUGGCCCCUUUGCGCAAAGUGCGCAUGCGCUCCUUGCAGGACCUGUGCCGCAAAAGCAUCAUGACAGCGCUCGGGGAGGAGAAUCUAAGCUGCGUCCCCCUCAAUCCGGUUUUAAAGGAUUACUUGGCUUCUUUUCCAUUUAAGUUGUAAAAACUCUGCAU